GGCGGGGCGGGGGCAUGGACCAGGCCUGGCAGAGCGCAGGGCCCCGGCGAGUGCGCCCCGCCGCCCGGUGAGCGGCCCGGCGGCGGCGACGGCGGGGGCCGGGGCGACCCCUGUCACCCCAACCCAAGGAGAACCGGGCCAAGUUGCCUGAGAUGCCUGUGCUGCCGAAGAAGCCCUGGGAGUCCAAGGCAAAGGGGCUGAUGCUGGGAGCUCUCUUUACCAGUUUCCUGUUGCUGCUCUACUCCUAUGUGGUACCCCCGCUCCACUCCAACAUGGCCUUCACAACUUCGGAGACUGCAGCACCUUGCUCCCCUGCUCCCAGUGAACCAGGGGUGGCCACUCCCGGUAACAGCUCUGCCGGAGAGUGCCAACCUCGGCGAGACAUCGUGUUCAUGAAGACGCACAAGACCGCCAGCAGCACGCUGCUCAACAUUCUCUUCCGCUUCGGCCAGAAGCAUGGGCUCAAGUUCGCCUUCCCCAAUGGCCGCAACGACUUCCACUACCCGUCCUUCUUCGCACGCAGCCUGGUGCAGGACUACCGGCCCGGGGCGUGCUUCAACAUCAUCUGCAACCACAUGCGCUUCCACUACGAAGAGGUGCGUGGGCUGGUGCGGCCAGGCGCCGCCUUCAUCACGGUCAUCCGCGACCCCGCGCGUCUCUUCGAGUCCUCCUUCCAUUAUUUUGGGUCCGUGGUGCCGCUCACCUGGAAGCUGUCUAGCCGCGACAAGCUGGCAGAGUUCCUUCAGGACCCUGAUCGCUACUACGACCCUAGCGGCUACAACGCGCACUACCUCCGCAACCUACUCUUCUUCGACCUGGGCUACGACAGUGGCCUGGACCCGGGCAGCCCGCGCGUGCAGGAGCACAUCCUGGAGGUGGAGAGCCGCUUCCACCUGGUGCUGCUGCAGGAGUACUUCGACGAGUCCCUGGUGCUGCUCCGGGAGCUGCUGUGCUGGGACCUGGAGGACAUGCUGUACUUCAAGCUCAACGCGCGGCGCGACUCGCCGGUGCCGCGGCUCUCGGGCGAGCUGUACCGCCGUGCCACCGCUUGGAACUUGCUGGACGCGCGCCUCUACCACCACUUCAACGCCAGCUUCUGGCGCAAGGUGGAGGCCUUCGGGCACGAGCGCAUGGUGCGCGAGGUGGCCGAGCUGCGCCAGGCCAACGAGCGCAUGCGCCGCAUCUGCAUCGAUGGCGGCCAAGCGGUGAACGCCGAGGCCAUCCAGGACUCGGCCAUGCAGCCCUGGCAGCCCCUGGGCGUCAAGUCCAUCCUGGGUUACAACCUCAAGAAGAGCAUAGGGCCGCAUCACGAGCAGCUCUGCCGGCGCAUGCUCACGCCCGAGAUCCAGUACCUGUCUGACCUUGGUGCCAAUCUCUGGGUCACUAAGCUCUGGAAGUUCCUUAGGGACUUCCUAAGGUGGUGACGUACCCUGCCCAUCUUCCCAUCAGGCUCCCUGCUGCAGAAGGGCCGACCAGGGAGCCUCCGGCACCUAGCCUUCCCCAGCCAUGCCUGGUGCCACCCUGGGGGUCCCCUGGGGUUAUUAGCUGGCCGGGGCUGGUCUCUGCACAAGAGAGCCUAACCGAGAAGUAUUUGACUAAUUAUGCCGUUUUCAUUAAAUCUCCUUUAUUUCCAGCUUCCUCUUACGAGGGGAGACUCAGAAGUAAAGGAAUUUUAUGUGUUUUUGCUAA